CGCAGAGAACGUCCCACAGCUAAAACUUGCUUGUGAUUGCUUUUGUCACUAGCAGGUUGUCACCGUCCACUGUAGUUUGCAUGGAAGACACAGACUUGCCUGCAAACACUUGCUAACAAACCACGAGCUUCAGCAACAUUUGAAAAAGUGUGACAGCAAUUAGACACGGAGAAAUCAAAUGCUGUGUAUUAUCGUAAAACUUUUACUUUGAAGGCGACCAAUCAUCGCCUCUACUGCAGCAGCACCGUUUCUUUGCAACCAGUUUCUUGCUAGCGACUGCCAGCAACCACUUGCCAGCCAGUCAGAGAACACACAUUUUUCCUUUGCAACCACUGCUUGUUAGAGGAUCCCCAACUGGUCUCUAGACCUGUGUGAAGACCUGGGAAAUUGAGAUUGUUUUCUAGACUCGGAGCCACUGAGAGAGGCUGAUGAAGACUUUGUGUCAGAGGUCAACCUGAGCGCCUCCAUGACGGAGGAAGAGAGGGAGGAGAUUCAGCAAGAGUUAGCUAAAUUGGAAGAGGAGAUCGGCACACUGAGGCAGGUUUUGUCUUCCAAAGAGAAGCAGCAUGCGGAGCUCAAACAGAAACUGGGCAUCACUCCUCUGAGCGAGCUCAAAACCAACUUCAGCAGAGGCUGGCACGACAUGCAGAGCUCAGUAGCCUACAAGAAGACAUCAGAGACGCUUUCCACAGCGGGACAGAGAACCUCGGCAGCCUUCAGCACGCUCGGCAGCACCAUCACCAGGAAGAUUGGAGAUAUGAGAAACUCUCCCAGCUUCAGGUCUUUUGAAGAGAAAGUUGAGAACACAGUUUCCACUAUCAAGACAAAGGUUGGCGGCACUGGGAGUGGGGGCAGCUUUGAGGACGUCCUGUCAUCCGCAGCGCACGCCAGCUCACAGGACACGCCCACCAACAACUUGAUGGACAGCUCUGGGAGGCAGUGUUAAGGCUCCACCCGGACCACGAGCCAGGGCUUAAACGGGAACUCCGCUGCCGAUGUGUCGCAGCACUUUAACUCAAAGCUCUGACUGAAACAGUGCACAACACCUGUUGAUCCUUAGUGUCAAGGCGCUUUUGCAGAAUACGGAUUGUCUUAAAACCUAAAUAAUUACGUUUACCCAAAAUGACCCCUAAGGCUGCAGUCGUCUUCUUUUAUUUUAAAACAUCAACUCUAAACCUCACAUGAUACGAGGACUAAUGAGAGCAAGGAGCUGUAAACAUACACGGCAGACCCAGUGACAUUUCGACACUUUAUUGACUCACACGGUUGCUGUCCACAAUACUCACAGAGCUGCAGCUCUCCCGCUGCCCGCUCAACAUUAUCACAACAACAACCACCACAGGACCCAGUACAAUAUUUAAGUCGGCGGGGCGUGAUUGCAGAUGCCGUACAGGUGCGCCCGCCUCCUCUGCACGGCACCGCAGGCCACGCCCCGCCACAGGAGCCUAUAAUGUUUUCCUUCUACUUAUAGUGUUGAAGGGUUUUAAGUGGAUUUGAUGAAUGCCAUCUGUCCUCCAGAGGUUUCCUAACCACGUUACACCACAGAUGUUGAUGAGAUGGGGUUGGGGAGGAGCAGCUAGCAGAUAGGCCUUAAAUGACCUGAAACACGACAUGAAACGAGUCUGAGCAGAUUACACAUCAGCUUCAGGAGACAGACUGAACCUAAACCCCGCAUAUCGAGCUGGUACUUUCUUCUUCUUCUUUUUGGCACAUUUGUGCUCAUGUAGUUCACUCGCCUGUCAGAUCACAGGUGGGUUUCCCCAGACACAAAACAAAAGGCCGAUUCUUCCGUGAGAUAUGCAAAUUUAAGACGAGUGGAAAAAGUGUCAGUAGAUGUUCAACACCGCAUCAGUAUGAGAGUUUUAAAACAGCUACCUUUCUUUAUUAGGACAGCAGAAAACUGCUGUUUCACAUCUUUACUAGAAAUAUGUUUGUGAUUAAAAAAAAUUAAGUAAUUUUAUUACUUAAUGCUGUAAAAAUGUGAGUGAUCAACCUGAACAUCCUGGGUGACGUUUGUAUAAAGGAUUUUACACUACUACAGAAGAUUUAGCUCCUCGGGUUUCACUGUGGCAUCUAAAAACAUUUUGUUGUCGGCAUUUCACGAUAUAUACUCAGUGUACUGAUAUACACAUGGGGUUGGGGAGGCGCAGCGAGCUGGGAGUUGCAGCUGGGGUCUGUUUGAAUAUCUAAAUGCAAACUGAGAGCAACUACAGGAAGCAGUGGUGUAUAUGUGAAAAAGCAUCAGUGCGACAUGACGUAUCAUCGGGAGCACAAUUCUUGGCUGUAAAUGUGACGCAUUAAUCCAGCGAAUGCUGUUACGCACGUGGUGAAACUACAUGAGUUCAGAUUUUAACGAACAUUUUAACGCUGAAAAAUUGAAUUCAGUGUCACUAUAACUUUGAAAAAUGUUGGUGCCGUAAACGAUGAGAAUGAUCUUUGCAACUAUUCAAAUCUGCUCUGUGUGGCAAACGUAUUACUUUAUCUUUGUAUUAUUUGCAGUAAAUAAUCGUUUGUGUUUUGUAGUUUUUACUUUCUCUUUCAUGUGUUAAACUUUUGUUUUUGGUCCUCUCCCAUGAGAAGAUGCUUGGCUCUGCCCUUGAAAUACAUUCAAUAAAAUCCAUAAACAGAAACAGACUCACUAAAAAUAACUCGUUCUGUUCUGUCUUUGGAAAAUUGAUUUCAAUAAACCUUUUAUGUAAUAAAUGUCUUUACAGCAUAAACACAAAAAGACAUAACUGUGACCAUCAUGUACAAUAACACUGUAUGUGAAUGAUCAAUAACUGUUUUUAUGACUUUAGUAUGUAUAAUAAAGAUUGUUUGCACCAAA